AUAGGAAUGAAAAUGGCAUCUGAAAACUUUGCAAUGGGAGUAUUUCUCUUCUCCCAGAUUACAGUGGGAGUGCUAGGCAACACUUCAAUACUAUUUUAUUAUGUCAUUUUGAUAUUAAAUGGGAAGCAUUUAAUGCCCAAAGAUCUGAUGAUAGAGUACUUGACUUUUGCCAACUGCUUGAAUAUCAUCUCAAGAGGUAUUCCCCCGACAAUGUCUUAUUUUGGAUUUAAGGUUUUCUUGGAUGACAUUGGGUGUAAAUUAAUAUUGUAUAUUUACAGAAUAGCAAGGGGGAUGUCCCUUUAUAUGAUGUGCCUAUUGAGUUGCUUUCAAGCAAUCACAAUCAGCCCCAGAAACUCCAGGUGGAUAAAGCUUAAGCAGAGAGCCACCAAGUAUAUUGGCCCUUCUUGCUCAGUCAGUUGGUUUGUGCACCUGCCUCUGAACAUCAUGAUCCCAUCAAGUGUGUCAAGCCUCAGUUACACAAAAAAUUCUAUUAAGAGAGUGCAUUAUGAAUACUGCUCACUGCUUGCUUCUGGCAAUGUGGCAACUGCACUAUAUAUGUUCUUACUGUGCCUCUCUGAUGGACUGUAUCUGGGUCUCAUGGCCUGCUCAAGUGUUUCCAUGGUGAGUAUUCUCUAUAGACACAAGAGGCAUGUCAAGCAUAUUCACAGUGCUCACUUUCUGAAAACCUCACCUGAAGACAGAGCCACACAGACUAUCCUUAUCCUGCUGUGCACCUUUGUCAUCUCUUACUCAUACUCUUCCAUUGUGACUGUCAUUAGAACCUGUUCCAAAUAUCCAGUGCUAUGGGGAGUAAAUGUAUUUACAUUUAUAGAAAUAUGCUUUCCCACAUUUUCCCCCUUUGUUCUCAUCACCAAUAUGAAGACUAGUUUCAGCCUGUUUUUACCAUGCUCUGAUAAGAGAUAG